GAUUUUUUGACCUUUGAAGAUGAAGGUCGUUCUCCAUAACAUUUUCUCCUAAUGGAAAGUUCAGAAGAUUCCAGAUUGCCAUUAGAGAUCAAAACCAAACUAGCAGAGCUCGAAGUUGAACUUUCUGAAGGUGAUAUAACAGAAAAAGGAUACCAGAAAAAGAAGCAGAAGCUUCUAGCUCCAUUUAUCAACGCUCCGAUCAACUCAACUAAUUCAUCUAAUCACUCACAUAUUCCUUAUGGUGGAGUUUUACUUCCUGGACUUAAUGAAACGCAUCAUUUAGGCCCACGUGGCCAGGCUGUUGGUUGUGGUGAUAAUGUUACAGAGUCUUUCAGAAAUGAGCCUCAAAAUAAUUCUCCUAUUAAUGCUCAGAAUCGCAGAUACAUUCGUGAAAAUCAUCGAUAUCGAUCGGAUAUCCGAGAGGAGGCAGUGAAGGAGGCUCUAGUACAAGCUCGGCAGGAACGUCAUGAUGCCUUGGCACCUAGUAAACGUCGUGACCCGAGUCGUUUGUCCUGUAUACAUCAAACUCCUGAACGUGAUGCAACAUAUUCUGAUGAUUCGGAUGAAGAUUUGUCGUCAACAUCUGCACACAUUACGCGUUUAGGGAACAAUUUUAAUCAGUCAUCGGGAUUAGGUGAAAUUCCAAGUUCAAGUGUACCGACCAAUGGUGUUUCCGACAGGAAUCAACUCAGAACAUCAACUACUGCUAUUACUGGUCAGAUACGCAAACAACAAUCUCCUGCUAAUCGAUAUGAUGAAGUGCCUUCUUUGGAUGAAAUUCGAUCCUGUCAACCACCGAUUCGAUCUUCAAAUAGAAUAAAUCAAUCAGAUGUAAAUAAUCCAUGGACUUACACAAACCAGCCUUCUAAUCAACAAAAUGGUAAUUUAGAUGGAGCAUUGAGUACCGCUGAUUCGUUUGAACAGUUAGCUGCUCUUGCUGAAGCUCAGUUAAAUUCUAAUAAUUUAGGGAUGUACGAUUAUUCUGAUCCACCAGUUAAUACUGUUUUUCAUCAAUCUCAAGUGAUUUCUACAGCUUAUCAACCCCAGUCUGGAAUCAAUUCAUGUCCAAUAUCCAUGGCUCAGAAUGGUCAGCGAUCUCAUAUAUUUGGCAGUGUUAGUGUGCUCCCUAGUUUUGCUAGUGGUGUCAUAUCAAAUGGUAAUUCAGGACAUACAAAUCAUGAAUUCGUUCCUUCGUCAUCAGCGUAUGACUUACAAGGUCAACAAGAACAGUAUUCUCAGUCAAAUCAGCCAGUUUCACUAGCAUCUUCGUCAUCUGCUGAUCUUGAUAAUAGUAAUGGUAGGAAGUUCUCAUCACCAGUAACAGGAGAGUCAGUUGGACAAGAUCCUUCUUCUGAUACCGGUCAAACGACAGGCUUUGUAUGUCAUAAUCGUGUAUCAGAAAAAAUUCAAAAAUUAGUCAACACUUUGAAACGUCCCAAACGAUAUCCAUUACCCGAAUAUUUUCUUGAUGAUGAAGAUCAAGUACUUGUAAGACCUGUUGUUGAUCCUACGGCACCACGUCCCAGAGGUCUUCCUUCUGAGCCACUUAUAGGAGAAGAGCUAGUUAUACCUUCUGGUUUGCCAAGAAAUCUAGAAUCUGCGCUUCAGCGUUACGCUAGCUUGAGUUGUAAAACACCUGCCUUAACUUGUUUAGACGUAUCUGGCAGGCCAACUCAGGUGCUAACUUACGCGAAAUUGCUGCAACGUGCCAUCCGGAUAGCCUACACACUUUUGAAUAAAUUGGGUCAUCGUGGAGAGCAGAGCUUAAAACCUGGAGACCGUGUCGCAUUGGUGUACGCUAAUAAUGAACCAAUCAGUUUUCUGUGUGCAUUUUAUGGCUGUAUUUUGGCCAGUGUGAUUCCAAUAGCAAUCGAAGUUCCAUCUCCUCGUCGAGAUGCUUCGUGUCAAAGUAUGGGAUUUUUAUUAGGUAGUCAGGAUGCACGUAUAGUUUUGGCUAGUGAGCAGUGUUAUAAAGCUUUACAACGUGGUCCUAACGGUGAGAUAUUAUCAUUUUCUGGUUGGCCACGUGUUACAUGGAUUAAUACAGACCAUCAUGCUAGUGGAACUAAACCACCGAAAGAUUGGACUCCUCCUGAUCGACUAACAAAUGAUGCAACUAUGUACUUAGAAUAUACAUUUAGUAAAGAUGGCAGUGUACAUGGUGUAAUGAUAAGUCGACGUGCGGCUCUUUCUCAUUGUCGAGCAUUAACUGUAGCUUGUAAUUAUUCUGAAGAGGAUGUUGUUGUCUGUGUUGUAGAUUGCCGCCGACAAAUUGGAUUAUGGCAUGCUGUUUUGACGAGCGUCUUCAAUGGGUUACAUGUAAUAUUUGUGCCUUAUUCAGUAAUGCAGAUUGAUCCUGGCUCUUGGUUACGCAUGGUUACCAAGUACCGAGCAACCGUUGCUAUUGUAAAAAGUCGUGAUAUGCAUUGGGCAUUAUUAGCUGAACGGGAUCAUCCCAAUGUAAAUUUAUCUUCAUUACGUAUGCUUCUAGUUGCAGAUGGAUCAAAUCCUUGGUCUUUAAACUCUUGUGAUUCUUUUACACAAAAAUUUCGAUCUCGAGGAUUUUGUCCUGAAGCUAUCUGUCCAUGCGCUGGAAGUUCAGAAACACUAACACUUUGUUUACGUCGUCCACCUCAUCAAAUGAAUUCAGUAAAUGGAAAAAUAUGCACAAAUCCUCGUUCUGAUUCAAUUAUAGCCUCUUCACCUACUUCAGUAAGAGGAGUUAUUUCGAUCCAUAGUCUUACUUAUGGUGUUGUGCGUGUUGAUACUGAAGAUUCACUAACUUCACUUACUUUACAAGAUUGUGGACAGGUUCUGCCAGGAGCUUCAGCAGUUGUCAUACGUUUGGGUCCCAAACCAAUACUUUGUCAAACUGAUGAAGUUGGUGAAAUAUGCUUAUCUUCUGAUUGUACUGGUUCUGGAUAUUGGGGUCUUCGUGGUCAAACUGACGCACAUUUUCAUGUGGAACCGAUACAUGAAGAUGGUUCUCCUGUAUGUUCUUCUGCUGGUGUUAAAAAGUAUACACGAUCUGGAUUAAUGGGGUUUCCUGGUCCAGCAUCAUCUGGUGGUUUAAUCUUUAUAUCCGGUUGCAUUGAUGGUUUAAUGACUAUUGCAAGUAGACGUCACAAUGCUGAUGAUAUUAUAGCAACAGUUCUCGCUGUUCAACCGACAAAAAUUAUCUAUAGAGGGAGGAUUGCUGUUUUCUCAGUGGAUUUAUUGAAAGAUGAACGUCUUGUUAUUGUAGCUGAACUAAGACAAGGUUAUUCAGACGAAGCUGCUUUCACAUGGAUGUCUCUUGUACUGCAAGCUGUUGAUAGUAUUCAUCAAGUUAGUGUUUAUUGUUUAGCUUUGGUCCAUCAAAAUACAUUGCCGAAAACACCUUUUGGUGGAAUAAAUUGUCAUUCUGUGAAAAGACUUUUUUCUGAAGGUCAUUUGCAUCCUACAGCAUUGUUGCUUUGUCCGCAUUCUGCUAUACAAAAUCUACCCCAACCUCGACAACUCAGACCUAGUUUGGUUGGACCAUCUGCUAUGAUGGUCGGUCAAGUUGUUCAAGGAGUUAGGCUUGCAGAGGCACGUGGAAGACCUUUAGGAUCAUCUCCAUCUUCUAAUAUAACUUCUGGUUCACCUGAUAAUGAAUUUCAACUGUUAACUGAGAUACUUAUUCACAGAGCAAACCACACUCCAGACGACAGAUUAUUUACUGUUUAUAAUACUAAAGGACAAGAAGUUUCGACACUUACUUGUAGUCAACUUUUACGUCGUUCAGAAAGAUUAGCAGUUCAGUUAAAAGAAAAAGGUAAAGCUCAAGUGGGAACAAUUGUUGCGUUACUAUAUCCUCCAGGCACUGAGCUUGUUUGUGCAUUUUACGCUUGUCUUCUAAUUGGUGCCAUUCCUGUACCGGUACGCCCGCCUCGAAUAGACUCUUCUGCUCCUGGCGGUGGUAGCUCUGUUAGUGCUACAAUUAGUUCUGGUCCCAUUGGGCUGUUAUCUGGACCACCUGGUUCAGGAUCAUCAUCCGGUAUAAGUUUAUUAGGUUUAGGAGGUGGUGGUGGGCAUAAUGGGAAUUCACCGGUUAGUGGUAGUGCUGGUCAAUUGUCUUCUGGUACUGGAAGCUUUCCCAAUGUAUACUUUCGGCCGAACACUCCUAGUUUAGACGCUUCGUUGGAUUUAAUUUGGAAUGUUGUAAAGCACUCAGGAGCAACAGUUAUUUUCACGCAAAAUAAUUUGAUUAAACUAUUAAAAUCUAAGGAGGCUACUAAUCGUAUUCCGUUUAAUCAUUGGCCAAUAAUACUUGACUCUGAAGAAUACAAUAGACGGAAAUCGAAUUUCACUAUACAAGCACCUUGUUUAGAUCAACCAAUUGCUUAUUUGGAUUUUGCUGCAUCAACAACAGGUACACUAACUGGAAUUCGUGUAACGCAUCAAGUCGUUUAUGCGUUAUGUCGAGCUCAAAAAAUUCAAUGUGAAUUUUAUCCAACUCGUGAAGUUGUAUUGAGUCUUGAUCCAUAUUCUGGUCUUGGAUUCACUUUAUGGACAUUAACAUCUGUUUACUGUGGACAUCAUUCAGUACUGAUACCUCCAAGUGUUACAGAAAUAGUACCUGAUUUAUGGCUUACUAUAUGUAGUCAAAGAAAAGUUCGUGAUGCAUUUUGUUCACAUUACACUAUGGAAUUAGCUACACGUUACUUGACUAAACAAAUGUCUAUUUUAAAGCAACGUGAAAUAAGUUUAUCAAGCAUCCGAAGUUUAGUUGUUGUAGCUGAAGAACGUCCCCGGAUUCAUUUGACUUCCAUGUUCACUAAGUUGUUUUCUAGUUUGGGUUUAACAGGACGUGCUGUAAGCACUUCAUUCGGUUGUCGAGUUAAUUUAGCGAUUUCUUUACAGGGUGCUAGUUCACCGGAAAGCACAACUGUUUAUGUAGAUCGUGUCAGCUUACGAAAUGAUCGUGUUAAAUUACUAGAAAAAGGAUCACCACAUAGUCUGUGUCUUAUGGAAUCUGGGAAAUUAUUACCUGGUGUACAUGUAGUAAUAGCUAAUCCUGAUACACUAGGUCAGUGUGCUGAUUCACAAUUAGGCGAAAUAUGGGUAUCAUCUCCCCACAAUUCUACUGAACUAUUAGGUCCAUUCGAUAGUGCUAGUUUAAAUCGUCCUACUGGUGUUGCUUCACAACCUGUACCAGGAAUAAAUGCUGGUGAUUCUUUACAUGCUCGUUUAGUUACUGGUGAUACUGAAAGAGUUUAUGCACGUACUGGAUUUUUAGGUUUUGUUCGACGGACCGAAUUAACUCAAUCUGAUGGAGAACUACAUGAUGCCAUAUUUGUCGUAGGCAGUUUAGAGGAAACCAUUUUACUACGUGGAAUGCGCUUUCAUCCAAUCGAUAUUGAGAAUACUGUGAUGCGUUCACACAAGAAAAUAUGUGAAUGUGCUGUAUUUAGUUGGUCGAAUUUAUUGGUUGUAGUCGCUGAACUAGCUGGUGAAGAGAACGAAGCAAUGGAUCUUGUUCAUCCAAUCACAGCACAUGUAUUAACUGAACAUCAAAUGAUUGUUGGUGUUGUUGUAAUAGUAGAUCCUAGAACAGUACCAAUUAAUCCAUCUGGUGAAAAACAACGAAUUCUAUUAAGAGAUAGUUUUGUUAAUGACAAAUUGGAUCCAAUCUAUGUUUCAUAUAAUAUGUAAAUUGUAAAAUCAAACAUUGUUUAUUCAUAAAUAACUUAUGUGUAUGUUAGUGUGUUUAUUUGCUUUCUAUAUGGCAAUAUUCGUUGCUUCUGAUCUGUUUUUUUUUUAAGGUUAGGGUCAACUUUUUGUUGUUUAUCUUCUUUUGUUUUUGAAAAAAAAAGUACUUCAGUUCCAAUGUUAUUCUUCCAUGUAAUAAUUCUUUUGAUAAUUUCUAUAUAUCAGUAACAACAUACCAUGCCAUUCAUUAUUCGUUUUUGUUUGCCAUUUCUUUGAAAAUUAAUUAGGAUAUAAUAGCAGUAAUUAAUAUUGUUUAUUAUUAUUAUUAUUAAUAAAUGAAGUGAUCCUGUUUCAGAACAACAUUUGUUAAUGAUGGGAUUUGCUUUCGUUUUUUAAAGAAGAAAAAACACACAACAGAACUCUCUCUAUUUUCCCCUGAUUGUACCGUUGAUACAAUUUUAGUAUUAUUUGUUAAUUUACUUCGAUUUUGUUACGUAUUUCAGUUUUCUAAUUGGUUACUGCUGCUUUAAGUAAUAAAUCAAUCUAUUAACCAUCAUCGUCUACACCUAUUUAAGUCAUAUAUAAACCGAUAUGCAUAUUUGUAAAACAAGGGUAUUUCACCAUUCUUUAUUCGAUUAAUUUUGUUUUCAUUGUUAAUUUCGUGUAGCUGUUCUUUUUUUUGGAAUGUAUACUAUUUAAGAAAUUUACCAUUUAACUAAAGCAUUUUCCCUGUGUAUAAUAUUUAAAAAAAAUUCGAGUAUUGACCUGCUCCCCGCUUUUUCCUGUUUCUUGAUUACUGUUCUGUCAAUUAUUAUUAUUUCUUGAAUUGAUUUUAUUUAUUUCUGUAACCGGUGCUUCUGGUUUUCCUUCCCCCUUUUUGUCUCUCGUAUUAUCUUUUAAUUGAAUACAUUUUCAGCUUGACUAUUUAAAAGCAUCAUAUUCCACUGUGUGACUUCAUAUUGUGCAUACGUCUAAUUAUGGACAUCCAAUCACCCCUGAUCUGAUUUAUAUGCCCAGUAGUGAUAUAACUGGUAUAUAUAUAUAUAUAUAUAUAUA